AUGGAGCCCAAGAAGGAUGGUGUUUUGGCCAAUUGGAAAUGUCUUGCGGCAUGCACUCUUGUGUCCAUGUCGCCCUUUCAAUAUGGCAUUGAUUUUACCAUGAUCGGUGGCUUUCAAGCUAUGAUUGGGUUUUUGCAGAUAUAUGGAGAGAAAUCAUCUGCAACGUCUAUUGGAUACAAUAUCAGCUAUACUCGUCAACAAUUAAUCUCUUCUCUGAUGACCUUGGGAGCGUUUAUUUCAUCAACUUCGGCCGGCCCCAUUGCCACUUACAUCGGCCGCAAAUCAUCCCUCUGGCUAGCCUGUCUUCUUAUCUAUGUUGCCAAUAUCAUCAUGAUGACCACCGACUCUAUUGGUGCGCUUUACGCAGGUCGAUUUAUCAUGGGUCUAGGCAAUGGACUGCUAUUGACUUUUGCUCAGCUAUACAUCCAGGAAGUUGCACCAGCCCGCUACCGAGGCGUAAUGAUUUCCAUCUUCAUGUGCUGGACGUCAAUCGGCUCCCUCAUCGGCACAAUCAUCGACAACUUCACUGCCAAAAUCAUCGGUAAAAACAGCUAUAUUAUUCCCCUCGGUCUGAUUUAUAUCAUCCCUGUCAUCCUAUGUGGUGGUAUUUUCUUCAUCCCGGAAUCGCCUCGUUGGCUUCUCCAGAAGGGGAAGAAAGAGGAAGCGCAUAAGGCGAUGGUGUGGUUACGUCCUUAUCCUGAGACUGUUGACGCGGAAAUUGCUGAGAUACAAGCCGCCAUCGAUAUGGAAUUGAGCCUUGCUGAUGGGGUGUCUGUUUGGGAUAUGUUUACGAACCCAGUUGAUCGUAGACGAACUGUUCUUGCUGUUUGUGGUGUGACGUUGCAGGCUGCUUCAGGUGCUAUGUACAUGAUUGCCUACGGGACGUAUUUCUUCGAGAUGGCUAACAUCGGCAACGCAUUCGAGAAUAGCUGUAUCCUGAGCGCACUCGGAGUUGUGGCCAUUAUUGCCAAUAGUGCUGUUAUUUCCAAGAUUGGUCGUCGACGACAGUUCCUCAUGAUUGGUAUGACCCUCUGUGGUAUUAGUCAACUCAUCACUGCUGUCGUCUAUACUACACACCCGGGAAGCGAGGGCACUGGAAGAGCUAUUGUUGGCUUGGCUGUCAUCUUCAUCGUCGGUUACAAUGGAAUGGUCUCGUCUUACGCAUGGGUUUCUGGUGGUGAGCUACCUUCUCAGCGUCUACGAUCUUAUACAUUUGGUUUUGCAGCAGCUAUUGGUUUUCUGGGGGCGUGGCUCACCACCUUCACGGCACCAUACUUUAUCAAUCCAGAUUCAAUGAAUUGGGGACCUAAGUAUGGAUAUAUCUGGUUCCCAUCUUGUCUCAUCGGUGCCGUCUGGGUAUAUUUCUUCCUACCGGAAGUCAAGAAUCGCACUUUGGAAGAAAUUGAUGAAAUGUUUGAGAUGCGUGUACCGGCUCSUAAAWUCUCGUCGUAUAAAUGUGUKGGASGAGCCGCAUUGCAGGCAAUGCAGGAAAAGAAUUCUAAUGCGGUCAUUGCAAAUGAUACUAAGGAGCAAGAAGUUUUUGCUGAAGAGGUUGAAUAUACUGCUUGA